AUGGUACGAAAGACUCCGAAAACUGAAUUGCCUGCAGAACAUCAGUUCUCGUUAUCACACAUCCUCUCCCGGUUGCCAACAGGCUCGCAAGACCUUCAAAACGUCAACGACAGUAUCAACACGACUGUUGCGGCAUACACUAACGAUAUCACCGAGCAACUAUCAUCGUUAGCCAAUGUCGAAAAUGAGCUCCUACAGAAGUUGCAGCGUGUUAAUGAUGUGUAUGAUGUAGUGCACAACAUCAGAGUAGAGAACGUCGGAAAUCCUCAGCCCCUGGAAGCGGAUGACGGAACAAUAGAUUCAAAGAAGAAGAAAAGUAAAGGAAUGAAAAUUGGCCUCAAUAAUCGCCUACAACAGUACAACAAGAUAGAUAGCGGCUUUGUGGAACUUCUUGAUGAGACGGUUGUUCAAAAGAAAAGAAUCAAUUCUUUAUUAACCAGGUUAAAAACGCUUGAGAAGAACUUUUCACGACGUGAGCGGUUGUUCGACGAGAAAAGCCCAAAUAAAAAGCACUAUGCCAAGCUGUACAAUUAUGCCAUGAAAGAAAAGGCUCAGCAGCAAAAUUCCCCGGAAAUCAAGACUGACGACAAGAAAAACCCUCAAGAAAACGAGUCUGCGCCUGCAACAAAACAAACACAGCCACAAACAGGCAAUAAACUUGACCCAUCGAAAACAAUGCACAGAUCAAACUCUUUGGCCCAUUCUGAGAUCUCCCAGAAAAAGCUGAACCAGUAUUUGGACAUCGAAAAUGAACUUGAAGAGAUACAGAAGGUGCAAUCCCAUAAGUUGGCCGACAUCGAGCGAGAAAAAGUCUUCAAUCCCGUAGCUUUGGUGUCAAAGAAAACGGCAACAUGUAAGGUCUACGACUGA